CGACGGAACAGUCGCACUUAAACAUUGCAAUCGUGAACAUGAGGUUUCUAUCCACAGUCCUGUUAGUCUGUGCCUUCGUCAAGGUCCUCUCGGCAGCCCCGACUCCGACUGCGACUGCGACUCGCGUGGAAACGGAUCCCGAGUUGACUGCAGGUUAUACCGAGGGUGAUAUGAUACUUGGGGAGGAGAGGAAUGGUCUGAUCAAUGAGACUUAUCGCUGGCCCAAUCGCAUUGUCUACUACUACAUCAACAGCUACAUAGAUCAGGAACAUCGAAAUCAUAUCAUCAGAGGUAUACGCAUACUCGAGAAAAACUCCUGUCUGAUCUUUAAGGAAGCUACAAGUGAUCAGGAGUAUUAUGUGAAUGUCACCUCUGAGGCUGGUGGCUGUUUCUCCUAUGUGGGUCAUCGUAAUCGCGUUCAGCAGUUGAAUCUGCAGAAUUAUGAUCUGGAUACGGGCUGUUUCCGUUUAGGAACGAUCGUGCAUGAGUUCCUUCAUGCCUUGGGCUUCUAUCAUCAGCAGAGCACCUGGAAUCGGGAUGAGUUUGUGCGAAUUGACGAGGAGAACAUUCUCGAGGGAAAGGAGAACAAUUUCAACAAAUACGACAAUGUCACGGUGGAUAACUAUGGCGAGGAUUAUGACUAUGGCAGUGUUAUGCACUACACAGCCUAUGCCUUCUCCAAGAACGGCAAGAUGACCAUUGUUCCGUUAGAGGAGGGUGCCCAGGAAGUCAUGGGACAGCGCCUGCAAAUGAGUCCAGCGGAUAUCAACAAAUUAAAUACAAUGUACAAGUGUCCACGGAAUGUCUAAAGUGAUCACUAAAUAACAAUUACGAUUAAUUGUAAAGUUUUUCUGAGAAAAA